UCUACGCUUCGCUUUUAGCCCGCUUCGGAGCAGCCAUAAGAUAUGGUGUUUAGUUGCCUCGGUUGUCAAGCGCGACGUGUCUCGAUCCUUCUUACUGGAACCGAAAACAACUUAAAUAAUGGCAGCAUCUCGAUUUAAGGAAGGCUUACUCGCCGAACGCGCUUUUGUGGAAGACCUGCAGCAUUAUAGAGAGCGUGCCAUUACCCCAGUAGACUAACCUGCACUUGGUCGAAACUAAUUACAUCCCAGAAGGGGAAUUGAUUUGCUGUUAAAACGCUAAACCACCAUCAAAACGACAAAACAAAUUCAAAACAAACAACAAUCAAUUUUUAUUUGAAGUAUACGAACAGCUUAGAGUGAGAAGUAUAAAAAUGGCGAAAUCAAAAAUAAACUAAACAAAAACGAACUUACACUCCCCUGCGCUUUUCAUACGAGGAUCUCAACUCCCUGCGCCUGCGCGAGACACCGGCGCCGGGUUUAAAUUACUUGGCAAUACUGGAGCCAGCCUGACACGGACAUCCCGCGAAGACCUCUUACGAGGAAGAACCUGCCAUUUACUGUAACACAGAAAUGAGUGUGACAGAGGAGACAUGUCAGGCGGACAUGAAUACCAUGGAGAAAAGGACAGCAAAUAUUAAGAAGGAAGAGGACUGUGAUUGGGUAUCAGUUAGCAUUAAACAGGAGAGCCUGUGCGUUAAGGAGGAGGAUCGUGCAGAGGGACCAGUAGUCAUUAAACCGCUGGGGUCUGAAGAUUUGCAAGAGAUCUGCAGCCUCUCUUCAUCUUUACUAACUCGGACUUGUCAUCAUUGCACACAACAACCCAAAGAACAGAAUGAAAAUGUGAAACAAUCAACAUCUGGAUCAGAGAAUUGGAUGCAGGACUAUUUGCAAACUAAUUCCAUUAACACUGAAGAACUGGUGCAUAAUACAAAUUCGACAGCUUUGUAUAUGUGCCAAGGGGUGAGGAAGCAAUUAACACAAAAAUCUGAAAGCAGAGAUGAUUGCCAUAAUGAUCCAAAUAGCAGUGGCAAACCAUUUUCACAACAGCACAGUGUUAAGACCCACACACACCUUCACACUGGAGAUAAACCGUAUUGUUGUUCUGAAUGUGGUAAACGAUUUUCCAGGAGUGGCAAUCUUUCUGUCCACAGAAGAACUCACACUGGGGAGAAGCCAUAUUGUUGUGGCGAAUGUGGCAAACAAUUCACCAACAGCACUAACUUUCAGUGCCACACAAGAGUUCACACUGGAGAGAAACCAUAUCACUGCUCUGAAUGUGGUAAGCAAUUCUCUGGGAGGAGGAAUCUUUACAACCACACAAGAACUCACACUAAAGAGAAGCCAUAUUGUUGUUCUGAAUGUGGCAAACAAUUCACCACCAAACAUGGUCUUCGGGACCAUUCUAGAAUUCACACUGGAGAGAAACGAUAUUGUUGUUCCGAAUGUGGCAAACGGUUCACUACCAGUGGUGGCCUUUGGUCCCACAGAAGAACUCACAGUGGAGAGAAGCCAUAUUGGUGUUCUGACUGUGGCAAAGGAUUCACUACUCACAACAGCCUUCAGUGCCACACAAAAAUUCACACUGGACAGGUACCAUAUUGUUGUUCUGAAUGUGGAAAAGGAUUCACCACCAACACUGGCCUUCUGUACCACAAAAGAAUUCACACUGGAGAUAAUCUAUAUUAUUGUUCUGAAUGUGAUAAACGAUUCACAAACAAUAGCAAUCUUCAGUACCACAUAAGCUCUCACACUGGAGAGAAACCAUAUCGUUGUUCUGAAUGUGGCAAACAGUUCCGCAACAAAAGUGAUCUUAAGCAACACACAAGAAUUCACACAACCAAAAAAAAAUUCCAAAACAGCUAGACGCCCUACCCUCUUAUCAUCACUAAAUACCAACUUCAAAAAGUAAUGGCUUUUUAGAGAGACCAUGCAAGUGCUUUGCCAGGCCUUGACAGCAAAUCUAAGAGAACAACAAUACUGCAAAAAAAAUUGCUUCCAUGACUCAAAGGCACUGCUGUCCAGAAAGUACACAUACCAAGCCAGUGCUGAGAAGCUCUCGCCAAGAGUAUCCUGACGGAGUAGACUGAAGGAUGAAGAAUGAAGAACUGGAGGAAAGUGUGAAAUGUAACUCCAUACUACUCAAGUCGAGAGAUGUACCUUCAUGUGAUGGGCUUCAUUAUAUGAGAGCUUUACAUGUCAACUGAAAACUACUGUUACAGUGUGAAAAGGACCAAAAAAGAGCAGUUCAACCCAUAACAGCAUCCAUAGAAACUCCCCCAUUAAAAAGAAUAAAGCAGCUAAAGAAAAUAUACAGAAAAAAGUGGAAGAGAUGCUAUUAACUGGGGCAAAGAAAUCCAGAAAGAGCUCCUGAAUCUUGGUGAUGUGAAAAACUACACAAGAAAUGAUGAAUGAAGAAUACUGCAGAUGAGAAAGGGUGAGACAAAAAGAAGUACCACAUUUCAAACGUUUUAUUGUACAAAAACACUACACGAUCAAAUAAAUUUUAUUACGACACAAGAAAGGGAAUACAAAAUAGAACUGUGUUUUAAAACUGAUGUCUUCAAGGUGGUGGCCAUCAUUAGCAAUACACUUUUCGAGACGAUUUCUGAACACUCGUAUGACUCGUUCGGCCAUUUCAUGGUGAAUAGUGUCUUUGAGGGCUUCAAGGUUUUGAGGUCGUUGUGUGUAUAUCUUCGACGUGAGAGAGCCCCACAAGAAAAAAUCUCACAGAGCGAAAUCAGGCAAAUGUGAAGGCCACCCGACACCGUCACACAGGGUGAUCAGCUUCCAUUGAAACAUCUCCUGCAAAACUUGCAUGGAUCUCCACGCCGUAUGAGCUGUUGCAUUUCAGUGUAAAGUUCUGAAUUGAUGGUGACUGUUGCUCCCCCCCUCCUCAAAUUCUGUAAUGACGCACCAAAC